UGCGAACUCGAGUGGUACGUAUCUGAACUUCUGUUUGCACUUUUACAUUUGCAAAAGUGACUCGCAAGCAAAAUGUCUGUGUCAAAAGAAGAUUUGGAUGUCAACGAGGUGUUCGAUCAUAUACUUUUUGGUGAAGAAAUAGCAGAAAAAGCUGGAUUCGAGGAAGGUUAUAAAGUAGGGAGAACACAGUUAUUAGAACCCUAUCACUUGGGAUAUCACAGGGCAAGUCAGGUAGCCGCUGAGCUGGGUUAUUAUAGCGGUGUCUUGGAGUAUAACCUGAAAACGAAUUCAUUUCCUGAAAAAGCAGCUUCUUUAGCAAAGAAAUUGCGAAUGGAUAUCGACAACUUCCCCAGACAUAACUCGCAAGAAAUUGACAUACUAAAGUUAUUGGAAGAUAUAAAAUUAAAAUACAGUCGAAUUUGUUCGCUGGCAAAGAUCAAAUCAACGUAUCCAGAAAUGGAUAAACUUAAUUUCUAA